CAUGGAUGUUAUAUCAAUAAUUGAAAAGAUUACAGAUCUUGUAACUACAGCUUACAAAGCUUAUAAUAAUGUAAAGUACUUCAAAAAAUUCUCUACAGCAAUAUAUGAUAGAAUAGAAGCAGGAGCAAAUCGUUUAAAUUAUCUGAAAAGACAUCAGAAAAAAAUUAAAGAAAAAUUUCCUGAUGAAAAUUCUAUUGAUAACCUUCAACGUUACCUCAAGGCAGUAACUACUCUUACAAAAUUGCUUGUUGAUUUUUCAGAAUUACACCUUUUAAAUAAAUACAUUAAGUCAAUAAAUUAUAAAGACAAAAUUAUUGAUCAAAUAAAAAAAUAUGAUGAAAUCAUUAAUGAUUUAAAUCUGGAUAUCAAUCUGGAGAAUUUUGAAACAGUUGAAAACUUAAAUGUGCUAGUUGAAGAAGGAUUUAAUGAUGUAACUCAGACAUUAGAAUUAAUGAAAAAAAAUAUGGACAACAUCGGAAACAACGUGGACAAUUUAGGAAGCAACAUGGAGUUUGUAAUGGAAAUGGUUGCAUGGAUUAGCAAAAAUAUGGAAGAGUUAAGCAAAAAAUCGGAUCAACCUAAUUUUAAAAGUGAAUUUCCAGAUAAAGUUUUGGACAGUUGUAAAUUGACAGAUCCACCACCAGGCGAGGAUACAUUACGUGAAAUUUCCCAACAUAUCAGGAAGGGUCACCGAGAAUAUUUAAAUUUUGAGUCAGAUGAAAUUCAGAAAUGUUUUAAAAAUAUAAUUUCCACAGCUUGGCAUCAAAAACCUGAAUUACGUCUAAAUAUGCCAGAUAUUCUUAAACGAUUGGAAAAGUUAUACAAAAAAAAUUAUUUUACAAAAAUAAAGCCACACUGUGAGGAUAUAACUGAUAGCAAUUAA